CGGAAAAGAUGGCGGUGGCGGGGGGACCGGCCGGGGGCAGCGAGUGAGGGACGGGGCGGGCAGGGUUGGAGGGAGACGCGGUUCCGGCGUCGACGCGGCUGAGGGGAGGCAGGUGCUGGGCAGCGGGGAGGGGGAGGACGAGGAAGCCGGGGGUGACUCGUAGCGGGGAUGAGGAGCCGGGGAGCCGGGGCAGGGAGGCGGUGAGGAGGGAGCGCGACUGCCCCGUAUGCGCGGGCGCCCCUCGCCCCUCACGGCUCCCUCACUGCCCUGGGGACGGGGCGCAGCUCGGCGGCCCGGCGGAGGAGGCGGAAGAGCCGCGGCAGCGCUGGCGGGGGCAGAGGAAGGCGCACAGGGCUGAGGGCAGCCCAGGAUGGCCGCAGCUUCCUAUGAUCAAUUGUUAAAGCAAGUUGAGGCAUUAAAGAUGGAGAACUCCAACCUUCGGCAGGAGCUAGAGGAUAACUCAAAUCACCUGACAAAACUGGAAACCGAGGCAUCCAAUAUGAAGGAGGUACUGAAACAGCUACAAGGAAGUAUUGAAGAUGAGGCAAUGACGUCUUCUGGACAAGUAGACUUACUGGAACGACUUAAAGAACUGAACUUGGAAGGUACCAGCUUCCCUGGAGUGAAGUUAAGGCCAAAGGUGUCCGUGCGUUCCUAUGGGAGCCGGGAAGGGUCUGUGUCGAGCCGUUCAGGAGAGUGCAGUCCAGUCCCCAUGGGGUCAUUUCCAAGAAGAGGCUUUAUGAAUGGAAGCAGAGAAAGCACUGGUUAUUUAGAAGAGCUAGAAAAAGAGAGAUCUCUUUUACUUGCGGAGCUUGAGAAGGAAGAGAAAGAAAAGGACUGGUAUUAUGCCCAGCUUCAGAACUUGACUAAAAGGAUUGAUAGUCUUCCCCUUACUGAAAAUUUCUCCUUGCAAACAGAUAUGACCAGAAGGCAGUUGGAGUAUGAGGCAAGACAAAUUAGAGCUGCAAUGGAAGAACAACUAGGUACCUGUCAGGACAUGGAGAAGCGAGCACAGGCAAGAGUGGCGAGAAUUCAACAAAUAGAAAAGGACAUUCUUCGCAUACGACAGCUCCUGCAAUCACAAGCAGCUGAAGCAGAGAGAGCACCUCAAAGCAAGCACGAUGCAGGUUCCCAUGAUACGGAGAGACAGAAUGAAGGUCAAGGAGCAGCAGAAAUCAACGCAGCAGCUAGCAAUACUGGUCAGGGUUCUGCUGCUCGAAUGGACCACGAGACAGCCAGUGUUAUGAGCUCUAGUAGUAACUAUUCUGUUCCUCGCAGACUGACAAGUCAUCUGGGUACCAAGGUAACCGAAGAUUACAAACCACAGGUGGAAAUGGUGUAUUCAUUGUUAUCAAUGCUUGGUACUCAUGAUAAAGAUGACAUGUCAAGAACAUUGCUAGCAAUGUCUAGCUCCCAGGACAGCUGCAUAGCCAUGCGUCAGUCUGGAUGUCUUCCUCUCCUCAUCCAGCUUUUACAUGGCAACGAUAAAGACUCUGUCUUGUUAGGAAACUCUCGUGGUAGUAAAGAGGCCCGUGCCAGAGCCAGCGCUGCACUGCAUAACAUCAUUCACUCCCAGCCUGAUGAUAAGCGAGGCAGACGGGAAAUCCGUGUGCUCCAUCUUUUGGAGCAGAUCCGUGCUUACUGUGAAACGUGUUGGGAAUGGCAGGAGGCACAUGAACAAGGCAUGGACCAGGACAAAAACCCAAUGCCUGCUCCAGUGGAUCAUCAGAUUUGUCCUGCAGUGUGUGUUCUGAUGAAACUCUCAUUUGACGAAGAACACAGGCAUGCAAUGAAUGAACUUGGAGGUUUGCAGGCCAUUGCUGAACUGUUGCAAGUGGAUUGUGAAAUGUAUGGACUCACAAAUGAUCACUAUAGUGUUACCUUGAGGAGGUAUGCUGGAAUGGCUCUGACAAACUUGACUUUUGGAGAUGUGGCAAACAAGGCUACGUUAUGUUCCAUGAAGGGCUGCAUGAGAGCUCUUGUAGCCCAACUGAAAUCUGAAAGUGAAGACUUACAGCAGGUCAUUGCAAGUGUGCUGAGGAAUUUGUCCUGGCGAGCAGAUGUGAAUAGUAAAAAGACACUCAGAGAAGUUGGAAGUGUGAAAGCAUUGAUGGAAUGUGCUUUAGAAGUUAAGAAGGAAUCCACCCUGAAAAGUGUUCUGAGUGCCUUAUGGAAUCUGUCAGCACACUGUACUGGGAACAAAGCUGAUAUAUGUGCUGUCGAUGGUGCUCUUGCAUUUCUGGUCAGCACACUGACAUACCGGAGCCAAACAAACACUUUAGCCAUCAUAGAAAGUGGAGGAGGAAUAUUAAGAAAUGUUUCUAGCUUAAUUGCUACUAAUGAGGACCAUAGGCAAAUCUUGCGGGAGAACAGCUGCUUACAAACCUUGUUACAACACUUGAAGUCACACAGUUUGACAAUAGUUAGUAAUGCAUGUGGGACUCUGUGGAAUCUUUCUGCACGAAAUGCAAAGGAUCAGGAGGCGCUGUGGGACAUGGGAGCCGUCAGCAUGCUAAAAAAUCUCAUCCACUCAAAACACAAAAUGAUAGCCAUGGGUAGUGCUGCAGCCCUGAGAAACCUCAUGGCAAACAGGCCAGCCAAAUAUAAGGAUGCCAACAUUAUGUCUCCAGGAUCAAGCUUACCAUCUCUUCAUGUCAGAAAACAAAAGGCACUGGAAGCAGAAUUAGAUGCUCAGCAUUUAUCAGAGACUUUUGACAACAUCGAUAAUUUAAGCCCAAAAGCUUCUCACCGUAAUAAGCAGAGACAUAAGCAAAAUAUAUACAGCGAGUAUGUCCUGGAUGCCAGUCGCGAUGAUGAUGGUGUGUGCAGAUCAGAGAGUUUUAAUGCUGGUAAUAUGACUGUGCUUUCACCAUAUGUAAAUACUGCAGUAUUGCCUGGCUCCUCCUCUUCCAGUAGAGGAAACACAGAAAGUUCUCGUUCUGAGAAAGACCGAAGUGUUGACAGGGAUCGAGCAGUAGGUUUAAAUACCUAUCAUCCUGCUGCAGAGAGUACUGGAAACUCUUCUAAGAGAUUAGGAAUGCAGAUUUCUACUGCUGGAGGUCAGAUUGCCAAAGUUAUGGAGGAAGUAACAAGCAUGCACAUUCCGCAAGAAGACAGAAGUUCUAGUUCCACUUCUGAAAUGCACAGUUUGACUGAAGACAGAAAUGACUCAAGGAGAUCAAGCACUGCCCAUACUCACUCAAAUACAUACUUCCCUAAAUCUGAGAAUUCAAACAGGACAUGUUCUGUGCCUUACACAAAAAUGGAAUACAAAAGAGCUUCGAAUGAUAGUUUAAAUAGUGUCAGCAGCAGUGAUGGCUAUGGCAAACGAGGCCAGAUGAAACCUUCCAUUGAAUCCUUCUCUGAAGAUGAUGAAAGUAAAUUUUGUAGUUAUGGGCAAUAUCCAGCUGACUUGGCACACAAGAUUCAUAGUGCAAAUCAUAUGGAUGACAAUGAUGGAGAACUAGACACUCCUAUUAAUUAUAGUCUUAAAUACUCAGAUGAACAGUUAAAUUCUGGAAGGCAAAGCCCCUCUCAGAAUGAAAGAUGGGCAAGGCCUAAGCAUGUAAUAGAUGAUGAAAUGAAACAAAAUGAACAACGACAGUCAAGAAGCCAAAAUGCAACUUAUCCCGUGUAUGCUGAAAGUGGAGAUGAUAAACACAUGAAAUAUCAGUCACCUUUUGGACAGCAGGAGUGUGUUUCUUCCUUUAGAUCAAGAGGAUCCAGUGGUUCAGAUCAGAACAGAGUAGGCCCAGCUCUUGGAAUGAAUCAGAAAGUAAACCAGUCCUUGUGCCAGGUUGAUGACUAUGAUGAUGACAAGCCAACCAACUAUAGUGAACGUUACUCUGAGGAGGAACAACAUGAAGAGGAAGACAGACCAACUAAUUAUAGCAUAAAGUACAAUGAAGAGGAGCAUCAUGUUGAUCAGCCUAUUGAUUAUAGUUUAAAAUACUCAACGGAAGUUCCACCGCCUUCUCAGAAGCCAUCUUUUACUUUUCCAAAGACUUCUGUGCAACUCACUAAAACUGACCAUAUUCCCUCAAGCAGUGGGAGCACAUCAGCUCCCUCAACUGGUUCAAAGAGACAGACCCAGCUGCACCCAAGUUCUGCACAGAGCAGAAGUGGUCAUGCACAGAAGACCUCCUGUAAGACUCCCUCUAUUAACCAGGAAACUAUACAAACUUACUGCGUGGAAGAUACCCCAAUAUGCUUUUCAAGGUGUAGCUCUUUGUCAUCUUUAUCAUCAGCUGAAGAUGAAAUAGGGCGUGAUCAAUCUGCACGUGGCACAGAUGCAAAUAACACACUACAGAUCGCAGAACUAAAGGAAAACAGUGGGGCUCUGCCUACAGAAGGUGCAGUAAGUGAAAUCACAUCUACAUCACAACACAUCAGGGCAAAAUCAAGUAGACUUCAAACUUCUAGCUUGUCUCCUUCUGAUUCUUCUAGACAUAAAGCUGUUGAAUUUUCUUCAGGUGCCAAAUCUCCCUCAAAGAGUGGUGCACAAACUCCUAAAAGCCCGCCAGAACAUUAUGUACAGGAAACACCACUCAUGUUCAGUAGAUGUACCUCUGUAAGCUCUCUGGAUAGUUUUGAAAGUCGUUCAAUUGCCAGCUCAGUUCAAAGUGAGCCUUGCAGUGGAAUAGUAAGUGGUAUUAUAAGUCCCAGUGACCUUCCAGACAGCCCUGGACAAACAAUGCCUCCAAGCAGAAGUAAAACACCACCACCCGCUCAAGGGGUUCAAGUAAAAAGAGAUGUACCGAAGGGAAAAGUACACAGUACAGAGAAGAGAGAGCCUGGUCCUAGACAGGCAGCUGUAAAUGCAGCUGUUCAGAGAGUUCAGGUACUGCCAGAUGCUGAUACACUAUUACAUUUUGCCACAGAAAGCACACCGGAUGGGUUUUCCUGCUCUUCCAGCCUGAGUGCUCUGAGCUUAGAUGAGCCAUUUAUACAGAAAGAUGCAGAGUUGAGAAUAAUGCCUCCGGUUCAUGAAAAUGACCAUGGAAAUGAGACAGAACCUGAACAGUCAGAUGAUACAAAGGAUAAUGAAGAGAAGAAAUCAGAGAAGCCCGCUGAAGCAGAAAAAGACAUUCUGGAUGAUUCUGAUGAUGAUAUUGAAAUACUGGAAGCAUGUAUUAUUUCUGCAAUGCCAACAAAGUCUUCACGUAAAGCCAAAAAGCCUUCUCAAGCAUCUGCUCCAAAAAUACCUCCUCCUGUAGCCAGAAAGCCCAGCCAGUUGCCAGUUUACAAACUUUUGCCUUCACAAAGCAGACUGCAGUCGCAAAAGCAUGUGAGUUUUACACCAGGAGAUGAUAUGCCACGGGUGUACUGUGUUGAGGGGACACCAAUAAACUUUUCUACAGCUACAUCUCUGAGUGAUCUCACAAUAGAGUCGCCACCGAGUGAGUUGGCCAAUGUAGACAGUGUGGGUGUGGGAGCAGAGUCAGGGGAGUUUGAAAAGCGGGACACCAUUCCCACAGAAGGGAGAAGUACUGAAGAUGCUCAGAGAGCAAAAAGCUCAGCUGUGGUUUCCUCAGGUCUGGAUGAUGACAAAACAGAAGAGGGUGAUAUUCUGGCUGAGUGCAUUAACUCAGCUAUGCCAAAAGGAAAAAGUCACAAACCUUUCAGAGUGAAGAAGAUAAUGGAUCAAAUUCAACAAGCUUCUUCAUCUCUAAGUAAUAAAAACCAACCAGAAGGUGAGAAAAAGAAGCCAACAUCACCAGUAAAGCCUGUUCCCCAAAAUAACGAAUACAGAGCACGCAUAAGAAAAAGCACAGAGCCCAAAAGCAAUGUUAGUAAUGAAAGAGGCUACCCAGAGAACAGAGAUGCAAAGAAACAGAACCUUAAAAAUAAUUCAAGAGACUUUCACGACAAAUUGCCAAAUAAUGAAGAGCGUGUAAGAGGAAGCUUUGCAUUUGAUUCCCCUCAUCAUUACACACCUAUUGAGGGAACUCCUUACUGUUUUUCACGGAAUGAUUCCCUGAGUUCUUUAGAUUUUGAUGAUGAUGAUGUUGACCUUUCAAGAGAGAAGGCAGAGUUAAGAAAAGGAAAAGAAGCAAAGGAAACAGAAAAUAAAGACUGCUCUAACCCAGAACAGUCUUCAAAUCAGCAGCCAAGUAACAGGACUCAAGUUUGUCAGAAACAUCCAAUAGGCAGAAGCCAGCCUAAAGCUUUCUCUCAGUCAGCUAAAGAUAAUCCAGACAGAGGGGCAGCUACAGAUGAGAAAAUGCAGAAUUUUGCUAUUGAAAACACACCUGUUUGUUUUUCCCGCAAUUCAUCACUUAGUUCCCUCAGUGACAUUGAUCAAGAAAACAAUAACAACAAAGAAGGGGAACCUGCGAAACGUCCCGAGGCUCCUGAUUCACAGAUGGAAUCCAACAGACCACAGACUUCUGGUUAUGCACCUAAAUCAUUUCAUGUUGAAGAUACUCCUGUAUGUUUCUCUAGAAACAGCUCUCUGAGUUCCCUUAGCAUUGACUCAGAAGAUGAUCUUUUGCAGGAAUGCAUUAGUUCUGCUAUGCCUAAAAAGAAAAAGCCCUCAAGAAUGAAGGGUGAAAGCGAAAAGAAUAAUUCCAGAAAUACUGGUGGCAUACUGGCAGAAGAUUUAACACUGGAUUUGAGAGAGAUACAGAGGCCAGAUUCAGAACAUGGUUUUUCACCUGAUUCAGAGAACUUUGAUUGGAAAGCUAUACAAGAAGGUGCAAAUUCUAUAGUCAGUAGCUUGCAUCAAGCUGCAGCUGCUGCAUCACUGUCUAGACAAGCCUCAUCAGACUCUGAUUCUAUCCUUUCAUUAAAAUCUGGUAUUUCUCUAGGGUCACCAUUUCAUCUUACCCCAGACCAAGAAGAAAAGCCCUUCACUAGCAAUAAAGGUCCAAGAAUUAUUAAGCCAGGAGAGAAAAGUACACUGGAGUCUAAAAAAGUAGAGUCAGAAAGUAGGGGAAUCAAAGGAGGGAAGAAAGUGUAUAAAAGUAUGAUCACAGGAAAAGCUCGCUCCAGUUCUGAAGUUUCAAGCCAGUUGAAGCAAUCACAACAGACAAGUGUGCCUUCAAUUUCACGUGGUAGAACAAUGAUCCAUAUUCCAGGAGUUCGAAAUAGUUCUUCAAGUACUAGUCCUGUUUCCAAAAAAGGACCCCCACUCAAAAACAUGAACUCCAAGAGUCCCAGUGAAGGCCAAAGUUUGACUAGUUCUCCAAGAGGAGCCAAGUCAUCAGUGAAAUCUGAGCCAGCUCCUGUAACAAGGCAGCCAUCGGGAUUGAAUCAGAGUGGAUCAAGUAAAGGACCAUCUAGAUCAGGGUCUAGAGACUCCACUCCUUCUAGACCUCAGCAGCAGCCAUUAAGUAGGCCUCUGCAAUCUCCUGGGCGAAACUCCAUUUCCCCGGGAAGAAAUGGUAUAAGUCCUCCCAACAAACUAUCACAGUUGCCAAGAACAUCAUCUCCAAGCACAGCUUCAACUAAAUCCUCAAGUUCAGGUAGAAUGUCAUACACACCACCAGGCAGGCAGAUGAGCCAGCAAAACCUUACAAAGCAAACUGCCUUACCUAAGAGUACCAGUAGCAUUCCACGAAGUGAGUCUGCUUCAAAAGGGUUAAACCAGGCUCUAAGCACUGGUGGAUCAAACAAAAAGACUGAUCUAUCCAGAAUGUCAUCCACAAAAUCUAGUGGAAGUGAAUCUGACAGGUCUGAGAGACCCGUUCUCGUUCGUCAGUCAACUUUUAUUAAAGAGGCUCCAAGCCCAACUCUGAGACGGAAAUUAGAAGAGUCAGCUUCAUUUGAAUCUCUGUCUCCUUCUAGGCCAGAUUCUCCCACGAGGUCCCAACUACAGACCCCAGUUCUGAGUCCGUCUCUUCCUGAUAUGUCUUUAUCCACUCAUUCAACUGCCCAGACUGGUGGUUGGCGAAAAUUAGCCCCUAAUCAGAGCCCUUCUGUAGAAUAUGAUGGGAGACCAGCCAAGCGCCACGACAUAGCUCGUUCUCACUCCGAAAGUCCAUCUAGACUGCUGAUCAAUAGAUCAGGAACAUGGAAGCGUGAGCACAGUAAGCAUUCCUCAUCCCUCCCUCGUGUAAGCACUUGGCGAAGAACUGGAAGUUCCUCCUCAAUUCUCUCAGCUUCCUCAGAGUCCAGUGAAAAGGCAAAAAGUGAAGAUGAGAAGCAACAUGGAAGUUCUCUUCCUGGACACAAGCAAAGUAAAGAAAGCCAAGCACCAGCAAAAGGUACUUGGAGAAAAAUAAAAGAAAAUGAAAUUCCUCAGAUAAUGAACGAUCCUUCCUUGGGUGCCACAAAUGGCUCCGAGUCCAAAACUCUCAUCUACCAGAUGGCACCAGCUGUCUCUAAGACAGAGGAUGUAUGGGUGAGGAUAGAGGACUGCCCAAUUAACAACCCUCGAUCUGGAAGGUCCCCAACUGGAAAUACUCCCCCCGUUAUUGACAGCGUUUCAGAGAAAGGGGGUGUGAAUGGUAAAGAUCCUAAAGAGAUUCAAGAAAAGCAAACCCCAGGGAGUGCAGGUGUUCCUAUUCGUACUGUUGGCUUAGAAAACCGUCUGAACUCUUUCUUUCAGAUAGACAGUCCAGACAAGAAAGGCACUGAAACAAAGCCUCUGCAGAAUAAUCCUGUUCCUGCACCAGAAAUUAGUGAAAGUACUGUAAGUGAGCGCACACCAUUCAGUUCCAGUAGCUCAAGCAAGCACAGCUCCCCCAUCGGUGCUGUGGCAGCAAGGGUGACUCCCUUCAACUACAACCCAAGCCGCAGGAAGAGCAGCGUGGACAAUAGUUCUGCUCGGCCCUCACAGAUUCCAACUCCAGUGAACAACAGCACCAAGAAACGUGACACCAAGUCUGAGAACACCGACUCCAGUGGAACCCAAAGCCCUAAACGUCACUCUGGGUGUUACUUGGUAACUUUUUUUUAAGUGCAACAAGAAAUAAUUGGGAUUGAUUUUUUUUUUUCCUUUCGUUUUUAUUUGUUGUAAAUAGCUUUGAUUCUUGUUAGAUGGUCCUUGUUCUGGAAGCCAUAUUUGAUAGUAUACUUUGUCUUCACUGGUAAUAUUUUGCAGGAAUACCCGACUGACAGUUUGGAAUAAAAUUGCUAACACAAGUAUAUUUGUAUAGUAUGUUUAACAUGUAUUAGCAUCCCAUCCCGUAAUCCUUUGAAUAUUGCUUGUCAUUAAAGUCAUGGAAUAGUGCAGAUAGAGAAGAUACAGUCAUACUGCCUGAUCAGUAAUUUCUAGAUUACACACCAACUAAACUACAUCAGGGAAGAAUUGGUAUUAUUUAUGCAAAAAAAAAAUACUCAUUUUUAGUAUUUGUGAGUCCAUCUAACCCAAUAAUUAAUCAUGUGGCUGUGAAAUUCACAGUAAUAUGGUUUCCGCUGAACAAGCUUUCCUAGCCUGCUUUUCUGCAUGAAUGGAACUGAUGGUUCAUUUUAUGAAGUAAUGAUUAACAUUUCUGUGGUCCCAUAAUGUGCAUAGAUAGUUAUAGUGUAACAAUUUACACUUCCUUUGUGCUCUGAAAAAAAAAAAAACACCAAAAAAAACCAACUGUGUAACUGUAAAACCUUGAACAAAAUUAUUUUACCUGAAUUAGAUUUUAUCUUAAAGUAGGUAGAAUUUUUUUGCUAUGCUGUAACUUGUUGUAUAUUCUGGUAUUUGAGGUGAGAUGGCUGCUCUUUUAUUAAUGAGACGUGGGUCAUGUCUCAACAGAGACUAAAAUGAACAUUUCAGAAUAAAUUAUUACUAUAUGUAAGUUGUGUGUGUUACUUCUGCAUUACAUAAAAAUACAGUAUUUUAUUUUGAGAUGUCACCAUAUAAUGUGUUGUAUAAUGCACUUACACUUAAGGCCUGAUCCAGUAGAAUUCUGCACCUCCAAUAUUUGUUCUUCCUUAUCACUGACAAAUGGCUGUUGUAGGAUGCUUUGAACAGCUAUGGGAUCAGGCCCUAGGUCUUCUGUAAUAUAUUUGUAAUUGAGACAGUUUCACACAUCUCAGGUGCGUAACAAGGCUAAACGCAGGGUAUUUCCAGUAGCCAAGCAGUAUAAUUGUUCUCAUGACUGCAAGCCUGAAACAAUAUUGUAUCUAUAAAAAUAAUAUUUGUAAAACAAAAGUUUUUUUAAUUGGGGAUAUAAUGUAGAAUGUGAAAUAGUGACUAUAAGAUAAAAUUUAAUUCUAUUUGCUAUCUUUAUGCUUUUUGUUUAAUUUAUUUUUUAAGAAUUAUGAACGGAAAAAUAUCGCAAGAAUCCCAUGGCAGCAAGAAAUUUGUUAUCUUAGCAGAAAAAGAAUUAUCCAUAAACAGGGCAUUUGCUGCCUCGAGUUUUUUUGAUGCAAAUAUAGAUAGUGCUACAACAAUGCUGAAAAAAACAGAUUUGUGCUUUAAAAAUACAGUCUGAAUUUAGAUGAAAAUUGAUUUAAAUUACAAACAUGAGAGAACAGAACAUUAACCAUUCUGUGCAUUUUUGAAAAAACCAUGAAAUGGUUUGUCAGUUUUGUUGUAUCUCAACUGGACUGUUCUAAAGUUAGCUUUCUAAAUACUGGUUAUUUAGAAUUCAGAAUGCCCUGAUUUCAGGAAGCCCUGAAACAGAGCAAUUUACCUUUAUGGUAACUUUAACACAGUUGCAGAGUGUAUCACUUCUGUGGCUUUUGUACUUCUGAUAUUGAAAUGAGUCAGUUGAACUCACUGUAAGACAUGUGCUGAUUUAUGAACAGAAUCAAGAUACUAUCAGCAGGCAGAAGUCAAUUUAUAUAAAAGCCAAUACCAAAAAUACCUGUUGGGCAGAAGUGGUAUCUUACUUGCACUUUUGUUCUUUGCUUCCUAUCAGAUUUGUUUAGAGACAUGCCAUGUUCUUCUAUCACCUGGUGAACCUGUUAACAAGCAGCAAUCCUUGUAUUAGCAUUUGAAAUAUUUUGCAUAUAGUAUCUUCACAAAGUUUCUAAUAGGAAUAUUGGUGUCCUGUUAAAGAUGAAAUAGAGACAGAUUAUGUGAUGUGUUCAAAGUCAGGACUUCCCGUUGGAGUAGAAUACAGAUAUUUGCGUUUUAAAUGAAAGACCACUUUUCUUGUAAAUUAUGUGAUACUUUUUUUGUGAUGGGCUUUUAACAACUAACACAAAAAUACACCACGUAAUCCAGAAUAGUUGUUUAACAUCACCGUUACCUAUUUGUCCUGUCAAUUUAAGAAUUAAAGGUAAACUCAGUCUCAGUAAAGAAAUUCUGAUUUCAGUUCUGUAACUGAAAAUUACUGAAAUCAGUUUUUUAAUCAGAAGAUAAGGUGAAACCAUAAGUAAUUGUAUGCGUAUCAAACACCAGAAUGUCUUUGAAAAUUGUAGUGGCUUCUCGAAAUAGUCGUGGGGAUACUUCAUGAUCAUUAUAAUUGGGAAGUUUCUCUUAAUAUCCUCAUAAGUAACCUAUAUUUGUAGCAAAGACAGGCUAGAGAAACUUUCCAACUAUAAGGGUAGUGAUACACUAAAAUAUGCUUCCCAUGGGAGUUGUUAAAUUUCCAUUAUAGAAGUUUUAAGGAGAGGUUUAUGAAACAUCUCAUAGGGAUGGACUGUAGUAUAUUUCAUAUUGCCUGUGUGCAGAGAUGGGUUUAGGUGAUCUUUUGAAAUCUCUUCCAAAUCUACAUUUUCUCUGAUUCUUUAUCUAAAAUACUUAGUAUCCACUAAGAGCCUUUCAAAAUAUUUAAAGACAUCCAUGAUGUUUGAUUUAUGAUGGGGAUAUAAAGUUAUAUUCUAAGCUAAAUAUAAAAACAGAUCCCAGAAAUAUAAAAUCGAAAACAUGAAAAAUGAUUGCAAUAAGUAUAUUUGGUCUUGGAUUUUUUUUAAUUAUUUCUAGAUUCAUAAUAGUCAGAUUUGAUUUAUGCUGCUAAAGAUUUACUCUUGUUCUUGGUUUCAUUUGUAAGAAGUUGCCACAGCAGGUAAGAGGACAUUAUUUAUGUCAAGACAAAGAAAAGCAAGGAGCUAAGGAAACCAAGACUGAAAUUACUGUUCUUCUGGGAUGCACUGCCUUUCUUUCUACCAAUUUUGGGUAGAACUUUUUGUGACUUGUGCUCAGACCUUUAGUUAGUCCUUGAAUUAGUUUAUCAUAUCCAGAACAUACCAAACUUGUAAUUAAAGAUUAGUUUAUAUUGAAAAGUAACUCAUAAAGCUCAUUUCAGACUGUCUUACAGCUUUGUCCUCUUGAUGUGAAAAGCAGAAAUGUGACCUCCCCACAAUUUGUAAUUAGUCACUUUUUAAAAUGUACCUCCAUUUUAGUUUCUUGCAGUGUGCCAUAGUUAAGGUUACUGCUCAGUUUCUGUGAAAGGUCUUCUGACUAAAUAUUGCAAACUUUAAAGAGGAACUAAUCUAUUUUUCAUGUCCAGUUCUUUAUCAAGAGUAUUUUCCCCUUAAAGCUUAAAAAUAAUCCUGAAAACUCUGUCAGAUAUGACAGUUUAAAAAUUAAAAGCCUUGCCACAGUUUCCUGAUGAGAUUGGAGUAUUGUUUCAAGCAGGAUUUGGCUGCAGAAUACAAGUAGAGUUUAUGCUAUAAACUUCAGUAAGCCAAGUAUUCUUCAACAUAGACUAGUACCUUUGAUGGCUGUGGGAAGUUGGCUGCUGUGUCUUCUUUGGUGAAAGAGGAGGGAAAGAAAAGGGAUGGUUUUAGAGAUAGUCAGUCAUGUUGUCCUAGGGAUGUACUUCCCUUUCAUCCUUAGUAAAUUGCAUAAGCUGCACCAAAGAGAGAACAGCUUGUGCACAAAUUAAUGAGGUUUUAUUUUGAAAGUAUACCAGUAGACCAUGAAACUGCAAAACCUUUGUUUGAUAAUCUGACAACUGAAUUAUUUGAUGGCUGUUUUGCAGUACUUCAUAGCUGUCCAUCCCCCUCCCCCCUUAACAGAAAUGGGUAUUACCAAGCAGAUAAGUGUAUUAGCUUCUUCAUUCUUCUUAAGGUUAAAGAUCCAUGCCAUUUCUGGGAUUGGAGGAAUGGGAUGUGCUGUUGAAAGAAGUUUCUUUUCCAUUCCAUGCUCUUGGCUGUGAAUCAUGGCUCUCAUGUGACUUCUCAGGAGACUUGCUCACUUCCUACCUGCCCUUCUGAUGAAGGCAGUAGAAUUAGUGCUGUAUUUAGUAUGAAUUUACUCAUUGCACAGUUGUACAAGUGCCACCUGAGCUAGCAGAAAAAAAAAUAACUAGCUAGAGCUGGUUGAAAGAGGUUGGAAUAGUUUCCUUUUUGGGUGGUCAGUGGGUUGGAUUGAGCCAUGGCAGGCAAUUUUAAGCUAGUUGCAGAACUUCACCCUUUUUGACACAGCAAAAGCAAAUUAAAGUUUGAUUUAUUUUUUUUUAACUCUGAACUUAUGCCUAAUGGCUCCUAGUGCUUUGCAUUUAAAUACCUGAUGUUUGGGUAAGUCCUUUAUCCUGGACAUUCUGACAAAUGACUUCAGAAGUAUUACAUAAGUGUAUAGAUGUGGAAAAGAAAUAUUUCUUCAUCAAAAGUACCCAAAGAAAAGAAGGAGUCUACCAUAUGUAAACUUCAAGGAGACAAUUUUUAGAUUUGCAAUACUGAAUUCAAUGCAGUAAUCCUUCCACUAAAAAGAUUAAUUGCAACUAUUUGUUUCCUAGAGGGGGCGUGAAGAGGGAGAGAACAUCUCCCUUCCUUGGUGAGGUCAGUAUUACUUGUAGGGAUGAUCUGGAAAAUGUUUAGGUGGACUCUCCUUACAAGCUCUUUAACAAUCCUGUUGUUACUAGAUGCCUCCCAAAAUGUAUUUUCUCGUUUAGCUUUCAUGAAAUGGUAUGAACAGCCAUAAGAGCGUCACUAGCAAUCGUAUGUAGACUUACACCUUAACACAACUUCAUGCAUCUACUGUAAUGCCUUGCAAAGUUGCAUCCACCUGUCCAACAGCUUUGUUCUUGAUGAGAUGUGUGAUUUGGAUGAAGCUGUGAAUCAGAAGUGAAGUUAAUGUGAAGCAUGACCUUCUCCACACAUUUAAAUCUUCAAGGACCUUCUUAAUACCAAAUUACCCAAGUGUAUUCACUCUCUGGUUCCACAGCCAUCUCCUUUGCACUUUUAUGUUUAACCAGAAGAGAUGCCAACUUUUAAUUUCAUUUGAAAUCAUGUGUAGAAGUACAAUUCCUGCAGCAUAGUUUCCUAUAUGCAGAAUAACAGUUUGUAUAUGUAAAUGUGUUUAUAGAGAAUGUUACGUAGUUAAGGUUGAGUUUUUAGUCAGAAUGGUAAGUUAACUGGUUACGUGUUGUGUUUGGUUACAUAUUGGAAGUGCAAGGGAAUUUGGUGUGGUGCAGAAGAGCUUUAAGAGUUCACAACAGUAAUUAAUGCAGGUGUCAAUUAACUUGUGAUGCCAAGAUGAAUUUCCUGCUCUCAAGUUUCAGUUUACCAGAAGUGCUGUUUAUUUACUCUAAGCCUGGGUAACGCCUCCCUAGUGUAGUUUUGCAAAUUACCUUUCUUAGGAAAUUUCCACAUAGUUACAGGCUUAUGUACUUGUGAAUUUCUGCCACUUCAGGAUUUCAGGAAAUUAUUCAAAUUUUGCUGUUUGUGGAAACAUCCUUUGCUUGAAUGGCUGUGGAAUGGCAAUUAGGAUUUCAGGAAGGUGUAGCAGGAGCUGGUUCACUGAGUAAAAUGCACUUCUGUCCAGACCUCAAGCCAUACAUACAAACAGUAUUUAAUGCCCUACUUUGUGGUGGGAUGUAACAUACAUAAAGCUUGUGCUGGUUCUCUGCAAGCAAAUUGUCAUCCUGUGAGAUCAGAUGCAUUUUCCCACCUGUAAAUGUUGUUUCUCUUGAACAAACUCAGCCCACAAUUAUAUUUCCUUCAGUUUUGUUGUUUGCUUCUGCCUGGGAUGCAUUACUGUUUAUAUCCUAACUCUGUAAUUAAUUCUUUCUUCAAUUAUUCUAAUGUAUUUUGUUUCACAAUAUACUUAUUCUGAAUUUAGUCUUGCUAUGCAUAAUUUAUUUAUUACUUGCAGUGUUAUAUAAAAUUUCCUCCUGAUUGCA